AUGGGUCCUAACUCUGUGCCCACAUGGGAUGCAAUGGUGGAGCUGUUCUUGGAGAAAUACUAUCCACCUAGCGAGGCACUCAAACGCCAAGCAGAAGUCAUUCAAUACAAGAUGCACCCUCAGGAGAAUAUCAUGGAGGCUUGGAAAAGGUUUAAGCAGCUGAUGAGAAGAUGCCCCAACCACGGGCUAACCCCGGGGCAACAAAUCUUAACCUUCUACAGGGGAGACACACUGGAGGCAAUGCGCGAAUUGAACAUGAGCGCCAGAGGAUCUCUCUUGAAGUUGGGAGAAGCUGAAGCACUUGAGGUGAUUGAGAGAGUGGCUUCAAAUGAUGAUGGAUGGAGAAACGAUAGAAGCAAAUCCUAUAGAGUGGCAUCCACCUCCGAUUUUGAUAGGAUGGAUACAAUAUCCAAGCAGCUGGAAUUCCUAACUGACAAGCUUGGGUAUAUGGGAACAAGGCAGGUUGGGACUGAGAUGCAACAAGGAGUCGAAGAUGUAAACUACGUUUACCAAGGUGGCAAUAGCAGAAAUUUCAACAAUUACCGCCCCAACCUAGGAGGAGGCAAUUACAACCACUAUGGGAACAAGGUGCAUCCCAACUUGUCCUACGGGAACCCAAAUAAUGCCUUGCAACCACCACCCGGAUUCCAGGUAUCAGAUGGCCAAAUCAUAGAACCGAAGAAGGAUGAGCUGAAAGAUGUGUUAAUGGCUUUUAUGAAACAAACGGGAGAGUGCAUGAAAGACUCCAACAAAAGGCUAGUGCAGGUUGAAGCUAAUGUGAAUGCCUUGAAUAUUCACAUGAAGAGCAUCGAUAACCAGAUGAGCCAGGUUUCACAGGCUGUGGGUAUUCAACAUCAACCAGGCCAAUUUCCUUCACAAACGGUUGUAAAUCCUAAAGACUGUAAGGAUUGCAAAGCCAUUAAUCUGAGAAGUGGAAAGAGCUAUGAAGGCCCAACCAUGCCUGUAGAGAAGGAGAAAAUCUCUCAAGAGGAGACAGUGGUAGAAGAGGUGGUGGAAGAAGAAGAACCAGUGGAAGAGGUGCCGCCUCCCAAGGCAAGUACCGUGAUACCUGCACCCCCUGCUGAGGUUAAGAUCCCAUUUCCACAGCGCGUGCAGAAGAAGAAACUAGAUGAUCACUUCUCUAGGUUUCUUGACAUAUUUAAAAAAGUGAACAUCAACAUCCCGUUGGUAGAGGCGUUACAGCAAAUGCCUACAUAUGCAAAGUUUCUAAAAGAUGUGCUCUCCAAGAAGAAGAAGUGGACUGACUAUGAGACGGUGAACAUAUCUGAAAACUGUAGUGCCAUAAUUCAGAAAAAGCUACCGGCCAAGCUUAAAGAUCCUAGGAGUUUCAACAUCUCAUGCGUCAUUGGAAAUGACAGACAGACAAAGGCAUUUUGUGAUCUGGGGGCGAGUAUAAAUUUGAUCCCAUUAUCGUUUUUCAGAAAGAUGAAGAUCGGCACUCUCAAGCCGACAAUAAUCAUGCUACAGAUGGCAAAUAGAACCGUCACCUAUCCCAAAGGAAUUGUUGAGGACGUUCUUGUGAUGGUACACGGCUUCAUAUUCCCCGUCGAUUUUGUAGUGUUGGAUAUGGAAGAAGACUUGAAUGUACCGCUUAUCCUGGGGCGCCAUUCCUUGCAACGGGAAAAACAUUGA